UAUUUAUAUUUUUACAGCCUAAGGCCAAGAAGAAAAUGUCAUUAAAAGUCCCCGAAGAUGACUUGGUGACCGGGGAGACCAAAAAGGAUCUGGAUGGUCUUGAAGAUAAAGGAGAUAAAGCCUCUGCUCCAAGUUGCAGCAGCAUAAGCAGUGUUGGAUCAGGAUCAAUUUCCAAAGUGGAGUUCCUAGGAGCCAAAAUCCAAUGGCAAGAAAAGAUAAUAAAGGAUCUUGAGCAAGAGCGCAAUUUCUUGCGUGAGCAAAUCACAGGAAAGAAGAGGUCAUCUCAAUCUAAAGUAUUAACGUUGGAGGACAACGAUGAGGAUGAUGAUGGCAACAUGGAUGAAGAUGACAUCAUUCCCCCAUCUUCUCCAGACAUCAGUGAGUCCUCGGACAGUGACGUUGUCAUCCAAAGAAAGAAGAAACGGCCACAGCCGUUUCAGCCGUUGCAGGUGGCCACAGCCACCUGCAACUGUUGCUUGAAAGGGCCAGCUGAGGUUAUCAGCAGAUAUAAAAAAGUCUUGAAAAGCUUGAGCAAAGUCCGCACCAUGACUGAAGCCUUCAGAAUCAAUGGCGUGGACCGGGGAACCAUCAAGAUGACUGCUCCAAUUGCAGAGCUCCACAUUGUGGAUCCUGUAGCCUUCAGCACUCUGAAGUAUGAUCCUGCAACUGAGACCCUGCAGUCCUUUGCUAAGAGGUGUGCAACGCACAUAACCCCUGAGAAGAAGCGCAUUAUAGAGGACAUGAAGGCCAAAUGCCAACUUCUCCCCUUGUUGAUGAAAUAUUAA